UGUGCUCUGUUUACGUCAGCUGGGGGCGUCCUCCCUGCCAGCUUAUCCUCAGGGAGACGCAGGCACUCAGCCACAGUGAGCGUCCGACGUGUCGUGGGAGGACCGGGACGAUGUUUCCCUUCCUGCAGCUGCUGCUGCUGCUCGGUCUUCUGCGGCCCCACACCGCCGGAGCCGCGCUCACACAGCGUUGUGACUCAUCCAUGGAUGACACCAUUUACAAAUACCAGGCAAAGACCCUAAACGGGAGCCACACUGUAAACUUCAGCCACUACAGCGGCAGGAGCGUUCUGUUCGUCAACGUGGCGACAUACUGAGGUCUCACCUUUCAGUAUGUGGAACUGAAUGCACUACAGGAGGAGAUGAAAGAAUUUGGACUCACCGUUCUUGGAUUUCCCUGCAAUCAGUUUGGGAAACAGGAACCUGGACAAAAACAUGAGAUCCUGCCAGGUUUAAAACAUGUCAGACCAGGCAACGGAUUCAUGCCAAACUUCCUGCUGUUCGACAAGGGGGAUGUGAACGGAAAAGACGAGCAAGAGGUUUACACAUUCCUGAAGAAAUCCUGCCCACCAGUUGGAGAUGACUUCGGUAACCCUGCCAACAGAUUGUUCUGGGACCCUCUGAAGAUCAGCGACAUCAAGUGGAACUUUGAGAAGUUCCUGGUGGACCCAGAGGGGAAGCCUGUGAUGAGGUGGCACCCAAGCGUCAACGUUUCUGCGGUCCGAGCCGAUAUCCGCAAAUACCUGCUCCAACGCUACACCCGGGACCAAUUUAAUUAGAUCUGAUCCAUCCAGAAUCAUCCAUCUCUUGGAGAAGCUUGUAAUGAUAUGUGCUGGCUUAGUAGAGUAAAGGUAGAAUGUAAAAUGAGAGUAAUGUUAACAGAUUCUGCUAGACGAAGGUGGCAUGUUGAAUGAAGAGGAGGCUUGAAAACAGGAAGUCUGUGGUGCCUCCUCAGAGUCUGGGGCUCAGGUCAGCUCUUCAGUGCAUUCGGGCUGCCCUGUGAUCCCACAGCAUCAUGUCAUCUUCUCACUACAGGACCUGUUAGCUUAUAUUGCCUCUAUAUGAAUUACUUUAAAUAAAUCAUCAAGAAUAACUCACUGA